CGCGUGCAGACAUUCGGACGCUGUGCCGUGUGUUGUUGCGAUCAGCUGAUUGAGUCCGAGUGACGUUUACUUCCCGCAGUCAUGGAAAACUCAAAAUUCAGGGCCAAGGCCAAGAGAGCAGAGCGGAGGGCUAGGAUCCAGACGUACCGGCCCGAGUGGGAAGACGAGGCUGACCUCAAGGACUGGAUCGAAUGCAGCGAGAAGGGGGUGGAGUACGUGUGGUGUCGAGUGUGCGAGUGUCACUUGAAGGCCAAGCACAGCGACCUCACGCACCAUGCACAGACUGUCAAACACAGGAGAGCUUUUGAGAACUGUGGACAAUAUGAAGCCAAGAGAAGUGGAAAGAGACCGAGGGAAUCAUACGUUGAGGAUGAGUUGGAGAAAGCUGUGAAAGAUGUUAUUAACAAAAAGAUGGGAUAUGACAAGGCUGCAAAACUAUACAAAGUUGAAAAGGAAGCUAUACGGUACAUGGUCAGAGGGAGACGCUCAGAGAAAGCAGCUAACACUGAGGACUCAGACGAAGUGGAGUGCAGCCAGGAUAAUGACUCCCCCAUGACCCUUGUGCCAGAACCCAUCCUUGGUGAACCUGAUCCUGGAGCUGCUCCCUUGCAACAAAAGCCAGAGCAUUACCAUCUGCAACACAAUAACCACUUAAUGACUGUGCUGUCAGCUCUUGCCCAAGAUGAAGUGUUUGUGGAUGUUACUCUGACUGCUCAGGGUCAUUCUGUUAAGGCCCACAAGUCUGUGCUGUCUGCCAUGAGCCCAUACUUUAAGGGUGUACUACAGGAUAACCCAUGCCAACACCCCAUCAUUAUCAUGCCACAUGAUGUCAAAUUUGAGGAGCUUGUGAAUAUAAUAAAUUAUAUCUAUAAGGGUGAGGUGACUGUUGGGGCAGGGGAGGUCAAGUCCCUAUUAAAGGCAGCUGAAGUACUUCAGGUGACUGGCUUGGUUCCUUCUGAAGAUAUCACCAUGCAUCCUAGCAAUGAAGACCUUGCCAUAGCCAACACAAUAAAUGACUUCCUCACCUCAACAAAUAGUUUUUGUGCUCCGGCCACUGACGUCACCCAAGUUAGCACCACUCCAGCAGCAGUAAGCAAGUCUCAGAGUGCGGGUACUCCCAUCACCCCUGAGGCAUCCACCUUCCCCACAUUCAUAGUGCAGGGGAAGGUAAUUAAAAAGCCAGGACCAGUGCAAGCAAGUUUACCUCUAGAGGAAAGCAUGAAGACACCAUUUGAGUUUGUUAAUGUUGACAUGGAAUAUAUGAAACAGAGUACCCCAACAUUAGAAGGAAGAAGUAUACAGGGUUUUGCCGCACCACAACCGCAACACACCGCACACAUUGCCCCCCCUCAGCCACAUCAGAAGAAUGGUGAAUCAUACAGUCCCAUGGUAGGAGAUGGAGUUAAAGAGGAGCCUGCUGCUGCUGUCAGCUUUCCCCAGCCUCACAACACAGCUCCAACGCAGCUCACAUCUUGAGCAUCAUUGAGGUGUUGAGGUUGAGGUAUAUAUUGCAUUCAUAUUGAUAUGAUCACAAAAAGAAUAGGAAGACUAUUUGAUGAAGAAGGGAAACAAUUAAGGAAGGCUGAGUGUCUCUAACUAUGCUGGUAAAUUUUUUAUCUAAAAGUGAAGAGAGUUGCAAAAAGCCCUAGUAAGUAAUAUUACCAACUGAAAAAUAGUUAUUUUGAUAAAAGUUAAUUUUAAAUAAUAGAGGGUACACGAUUCAGCAGUCUUGAUUAUGUUAGUUGCCAGAUGGACUAAAUAAAAUCAAGUUAAACAUUUUUUUUUUAUAUCACUGCUAAGGUUUUGUAGUUAUUAACCUGCUGCCACCAUGUCCCAUGUGAGUUUCGUGUAUUUACUGACUUUACACAUAGAUUGUUCCACAAGUACUAAGUCACCUGUUUACCUUUUUCCUUGAUUUUUGGAUAUGAUUUCUUUUAUCUUGCAUUGUUGUUUGUAAUGACAAUAAGAUAACAUCAUUAUAAUGUCUAUGAUAAUAAUAUCAUUGAUAGUGAUAGUAUUAAUGAUCAAAAAAAGACUCAAAGAAAAGUGAAUUCAGGUUAGGUCACAAGUUCUACUAAUUGACUCCUUUGUGGCUAAACACAUUGAGAGCCAUCUAUGUGCAGAGACAUUUCACAAAGUAAUAUUACAUUGAACACUACAUUUUCCAAAUGACAAGGGGUGAAAUCAGUGUAGUAUGAAAAUACUAUUUUCAAACUGGAUACAUUUUUGUAGCUGCUGUUUGUAAAAUGCUAAUAUUUUUCUGAUUUACAGGAGUUAUAAAGUGGUUUUAUCUUCACAAGUUAAAUUAUUAGGUUUCUCACAAGAGAAAGGUAAUGGCUAUUCAAAAUGCUUUGCUAAUAUGUUGUUUUUAUAGCACUAACUUUACCUUACCAUACUUUACUUUACUUUCCCUAACUUUGCUGUGUCACUUUGCCUUGCAUUGUCUUGCUUUUCUGUCGCUUACCUUACCUCGCCUUACCUUGCCUUACGGACUCCCUCCUAACUUAAUGUAACGCACUGCUAUAGUUGUGGUAUAACCUUACUCUACUUUAGUUUGAUUUACUUUGUUAUACUGCACACUACCUUUUUUAUUGAAUCUUUCUUACCAUACCAAGUCGCAUGUUUUCUUCCCAUAUAAUAUGUUUUCUUAUCUUCUAAUGUUGAAUUUACCUUGCCUUACCUUGCCUCCCUUACAUUUCUUUUUGCCUUGCCUUACUCAGCUUACUUUACUUUACCUCAACAUAGCAUAGCUUUGAUAACCUUGUAACCUUGAUAUUUAGAUACUCACCUGACCUCACCUGACCUCAUCUGACCUGACCUCACCUGACCUCACCUAACCUGACCUCAGCUCAGCUCAGCUAAGCUCACCUCACCUCACCUCACCUCACCUCACCUCACCUCACCUCAC